AUGGGUGUGGGUAUGUUGGGGGGGCUUGUUUAAAUCACCAUCUGUUGAGCUGUCCGCCAACCUGGUCCCAAGCCCAUUCAUCUUUGUCCCUGCUCACCCAGGCUGCUGGAAAAUUGGACACAGUCAAUAACCCAAAAUCAAUCAAGCACCAGAUCACAAGGUAAAAUUAUGAAUUCUUGGUUAUGUCAGGCAAGACGUGGCUGCCAACAUGUCUCUCCCCUGUGACCAGAUGGCCAAAGAACAAUGGACAGCGGCUUAAAGAUGAUGCAGUCAGGCAUGAGUUUUGACAUGGGGACUGCAGAGCUUAAAAAUGCUGAAAACAAAGUAGUUUCCUCUUCUGACUUCAGGUUCAUAAACCAAGAAAACAUAAGUAUUAAUCUUGAUAUUUCACACUUGCUGCCAUUAGUCCUUUGUCGUGCACUCUGUGUGCGUGCAUGCGUGUGUCAUGUCCUCAGAGGACAUGCUGUUGCUUGUGUCCCGCUCCGGUCUUUGCUGCAGUGGAUUAGUCAGCUGCAUUUAUUUAAAGGUAGUGCAGAGGGAGUGCAGGAGCUGCGGUCAGUGUGCGAGUGUCAGAUCUUGAAGAUGCAGCGCAUCUACAUGCACAGCAAUGAACACUUUGAAGUGUUCACCACCGUCCUUGCUCCACAAGGUGAGUGGAAUCAUAUCUGCAGGGAAAUGAGGAUUAGCACGACAGUAUUUAGGUGGUUAUGAUUGUAAAAUGGCAUAUCAGUGUCAAUUCAUGAAUAAAUGAUGGGAUAGAUGCUUUGUUGUCUCUCUUUGUGGGCUGUUCAUGUGACACCCAUGUGCAUGCAUUGAUUUGUGUAGACUGUUAUGCACAUUUGCAGUUGUGACAAAUUAUAAAACUAAUCUGAUUUUUGCUGAUUUCCACUCCGUAUGAUAAACAGCAAGGUACCGAUUCAGGGCAGAAGCUGAAAAGGCAAGUCAGACUUCCUCCUUCAUUUAUUUACACAGAGUAAAAUAAUUGUUUUUCUGCAGGUUGCAAAUGUAAAAUCACAAAAACUGCACAUAGCAUCUCUUGAAAUUCAAGAUUUUUGAUAUUAAUUGAUACGAGUUUGACACUGAUGUUAUGUAAGAUUGAUGUCCUCUAUCUCCAUUGUGUGUUUCCAUUUGUCUAAUUCCUUUUACAAGCAUGCACCAUAUUUAGUAGGGACAGAUAAUGAAGAGUAGACCCAGAUUUAGGGUUUCUAUUUCACUACUCGACAGUUAAUCUCUGGGUCUUGACACAUAAUCCUCUUCAUUCACUGAGCCUGACCUGUAGUUUACAGGGAGCACAGAAAGUGACUGCAGCUUUUAUUGGUUCAACAAAGAGGACUGCACCAUGGCUGUCUCAUUUUGAAAUCUUCUACAGAUCAUAGAUUAAGACCCUGACUCAGUGCAUGUGUCUGUGUGUGUGCACUGUAUUCCCCCCUCUGUCCAUUAGAUGGUGGUGGUGCACAGAUACAGGCCGCACUGGCCGGAUGAGCUGGAGCUGACUCCGGGUGACGCAAUCCUGGUACUGUCCAAACACGAGGAGGGGAGGUGGUUUGGGCGGCUGCAGGACGGCCAGCGGGGCUACUUCCCCGCCUCCUGUGUGAUGGAGCUGAGCCAGGUUGGUUGGCUGCCUGAAUGAGCUCAGCAAUGCAGCUUUACUGGACUGUGCUCUUGUUGCUGCUGCUCAGUGUCAGUGGACAGACUGUUCUUAUUCUUUCUUUUUUUAUAGUUGUUGUUCUCUUUCACACCAGGGUACAAUUAACAGACCCCAUUAACUCCUACUUUAUUAAUCAACUGAUUGAUGUAAAGUAAACUAUAGAAUCACAGUAAAUAAACACUAUGGGUUAUUUCCCUCCAGAACAAAUAAUUUAAUUUUUAAUUUUUUUUUUGCUCUACAGUUUUUGUAUGUGAAAUCAUCCCUGCCUGAAUAGUGUAAAAACUGAGCAUUUAAAACCUUCUUUAUGAAGUCGUUUAAAAUAACUCAGAUGAUGUCACAGUGGCGUCAAUAGGGUUAUAUCACUCUUUGGCCUGUCUUACUGUCUGCAUUACAAAGUUGAUAGUCGGUGCAGUAAAGAUAAGGUGCGCUUGUGGGCGAUGGAAAUAGUUAUGGAAAUAUAAAAUUUGUUGUUUUUUGAAUGCAGCAAGGGCCCAUGGCAGUUAUUUUUACUUCACUGCUAAGAAAUUACAGGAAAUCCUCAAUUAUUGUUAUCAUUUUUUUAAGAUAUAUUCAAAAUUUAAAAAGCCUUUUCAGGUCUCUCAUCAGCCUUGCUUAAAAUUGUUUGUCUGAUUGCAAAUUUCAAGAAUUUUGUCUUGUCUUUAACCCUUUGUGUGUUUUGCAGUAUACAUAUGUAGACUCAUGAGAUAUUUUAAUAUGCGAGAAUAGGGAUGGGAAUUGAUAAGAUUUUAUCGAUAUCGAUGCCAUUAUUGAUUCUGGGUAUUGAUCUUUAAUGAUUCCCUUAUCAAUGUCUUUCUUUGAUUUGAAAAAAGUAGACUAUAGGUUUUCAUCAUUAACUAAAAAUUUUAUUAAGUCUCUGAUAACAGAAAAAGAUAAAGCCACCUUCAGUAAGAGUCUAAAAAAAAUAACCAAACAACAAACUAUUUGUACAGCAUUUACUUUGGUCGGAAUUAAGAGAUAAAAUGUAAACAACGUCGAUGGAUUGAACCAUUUGAGAACCGGUUCUCGAUUCUCAUCCCUAUGCAAGGAAGAUUACAAGGCAGCCAGAGUGUGUUCAAAUAUAUGAUCAAACAGAAAAUAAAUGUCUUGUUUUCAGGUGAAUCUCCCUCCAAAAGCCUUAGGACGGAGUGUCUCUCUGAGAAGCUCAUCCUUCGACAAUAAUCCACACUGUGGACACGGAAAGUAAGUGUGCAGCCACAGAGAUAACACAUAUCCCUCAACAAGUGCAUGCAUACACACACACACACACACACACACACACACACACACACACACACACACACACACACACACACACACACAGCAGCUGUUCGAGUACUGAACCUCCACACAUCCCCCAACACCCAAACCCAUCGCUCUGCUCUAUGCCCAGCACCCCUGAACAGGUGGCCCCUCUCGUCCCUCAUUUGUUGAUAAAGCACACUGAUUACUAACCCCCACCCCCUGAAACACACAGGCGCACACACAUGCACACACACACACACACACACACACACACACACACACACACACACACACACACACACACACACACACACACACACACACACACACACAAGCUAAUCUACUUUAUCUCGCUGCAUUUAUUACAGCAAGAUGAACAGGAGGAAGAGGAUAUACUUUGUAGUUUAAAACAAGAAAAUUAAUGAAAAUAUUUGACAGAUGAACCAAAUCUAAUGAAAAUAUUAAUGAAGGAUCAUCAAACACUGAAUCAACUUUUAUUCAAGUCAAUAAUGUGAUGUUGCAGCAAGUAGUGUGCAAUUUUUCUUGUUGUUUAUUUGACAGCUCGAGGGUGUUUAUUUUUGACAGUCUGCCUCUGAACUUUGCACACACACACACAUGCACACACACAGGCACACACACAGUCCUUAGUACAGCCCAGUGCCUGUCUUGUCUGCUCAUGCUGGAAUUUGGGUCAUGAGGAAUAAACAGGGCCUUUGUGUUUGUUAUUUCCUCUUUGUCCCCCAGUGGACACAUUUUGCGGGCACUCAAGAGGGGGAGCAAAGGAGGAGGAGGAGGAGGGGGAGGAGGAGGAGGAGGAGUGGGGCUGGAUGGGGGCCAAGGCCAGACUGAGGGCCCCUUCCUGGUGAGGAGGCCCCAGAACUCUAUGUCCCAGCUCGCGGUGGCCUCCAAUCCUCAAAUGCAGAGAUCCCCAGGCCUGCUCCACAGGAUCCUGUCCAAGUGCCGGAAAAAGAGUGAAUGCCAGGGAGCCACCAACAGGGCCUUCGAGGGCGACUAAAAUGACCUCGGCUUAGUUCUGGGUAGCUGCUUUAGGAGAGACUGUGAGUGAGCCAUGGAAGCUUUAAAAUGAGAAAUGAUAGGUCCAAAAUAUCCUGAUGUUGGCAUAGAAUAUUUUACUUUGAUUUGACUGCAAUCCUUAAUUCAAGAAGUCGAAUUGUUGAGCGUGCAAGCAGUAGUGUCAUCAUGGACUGUAUAAAAAUAACAGACAAACCAACAGCUCCUUAAAAGUGAAGCCAAAAUAAAUGUUAGCCUACCCCUACUGACAGGCUGCUGCGUAGUUUAUAAAGCCCACCCUCUCCAUGUAAGCAGAUGGAAAAUGACACAAACGAUGAUGAUAGCUCGUCACAGGGGGUAUUUUGGCUUCACUUUUGUGCAGUGGGGAAGAUGGUGACACCUUUUGCCCUUUCCAAAUGAGGGUCUCUGUCUGCUGUGACAUCACUGAUGAGGGCGGGGCAAUAGUUGUAAAUGCCUGUGAAACGCACAGAGAUGAGAGGCUGCUGUUUUCUGCCCCGGUUUUGCAUACCUUGAUUAAAGCAAAAACUGGGUUAAUGCCUGAAUUAAAUCCUAAUUGUAAUCAUCGCCACCUUAAAUGACAUAGGUAUAAUUCAUGUGUAACAUAGAGCACUACUUAAAGAGCCGAAUAUAGCCUUAUUCAUUGAUUUUGAUGCUAUUACCUAAGAAAUUUAACUGUAAAUGCGUUUUUUUCCAUGAUUUGUGUUCAGCUGCUUAGCCAAAACUGUAAAAAUGUCUGUAAUCUGCUGCCUAAUAAAAUGGAGUUAUAAUUUUAAUGAUAAA